CCCAAAAAUGUGACGUAGACAAUCUAGCCCAGAGGUUUGUCAAUUAGGGAAUGGCAAUUACUAUUUUUCUAUACAAGAGGAAGUUGCAAUUAGGAGUAUUUUCUAUAUUAUUUCUUUCCCAGUUCUGACGCUUAGCAUACUAAAACUUUUACAAAUUUUUCACCGACCUCCCAAGAUUCCCAUACAAAUUAGGAACAGUAAUUACAAUUUAAUUAGGCAACUUCUAUUACCAAAAGUAUAAAACUCCGCCCAAAAACCCUAUAUAAUACACUCUACUUCUUAGGACUCAUUCAAUUCCUCCAGUUUUCCCUUUUUUUGGUUUGAACAUCGAAUCAAGCCAUGGCAGAAGAAGAUCAAAGCAAGAAGAAAACAAUCAAUCCGAAAACUUAUCAAGUGAGGAAAGAAUGUAUCAAGAGGAAAUCAAUGGAGCUUGCAACACUGUGUGAUAUCAAGCUCUGUACUAUUAUUUCCGGUCCUCAAGGGGAACUUCAGACUUGGCCUGAAAAUUUGGAUGCUGUUAAAGAAGUUCUUGAUCUCUACUCUCAAAAUCUAAAACCCGAAAAGAAGCACAAGGAAUCAUCAAGACCAGAACCUGUACCAGUACCAGAACCACAAGCAGAAGAAGAACAAGGAGAGAAGGAUCUCCUGACACUAGUGGAAUCAAAGCUUGAUGCUGUCAACAAGAGAAUUCGUUUCUUGGAGAACAAGAAUGAUGUUGGUAAGGGGAAAAGACUGAGAGUUGAGUGAUUUCUAUGGGUUUUAAUUUUCAGGUGUAUUUUCUGAAUUUUGAAAAAAAUAAACAAUUGGUAUCGUUCGUUUUGAGUAUUUAUAGAAGUUGAAAGAUUUAUCUCUGAUCUGCGGAUCCCUUUUUCCUACAGAGUUGUGUCUAAUGUUUGCAGUUGAUGUCAAACGAAGUCCAAUAUGAAUACAAGCCCUAUUUUACUCCUUGGCUUU